GGAGGGAGGGAAGGCCUCUCUCAGUCUUUCUCUCUCUCUCUCUCUCUGGCCUGGGCGGAGGCGCAAAAGCCGCGUAGUAGUAGUAAUAGUAACGCCCGCCGCCCUCCUGAGCUGUUGCUGCUUCCUCCCUCCCUUCCUCCGCCCUUUGAGGAGAGAAACACCUCACACAGAGAGAGAGAGAGGGAGAGAGAGCUGCUGAGGGCGGGAAUAAUGGGGAAAGAAGGAAGGAAGGGGGAAGUGUGAGGAGGAGAAGGAGGAGGAGUCGAGUGUGAGGCAGAGGAAGCGAGGGAAGAAAGGAAAAGGAGGAGAGAAGGAAAGAAGGAAGGAAGGAAGGGGCAUGUUGCGCCUCCAUCUCGCUUUCCCUUCCUAGUAGCAGUGAAGGAGGCGACGACAGCAUCCAAAGCCUCGUGAGGGAAGGAAGGAAGGAAGCAGGGUUUAGGCCUCCAAGAGGCCGGGGAAAGCAGGCCUCAGUUGGGUUUCAUGAGGGGCAGGAAAUGACUCCUCAGCCGGGACUGGGCGGCGUUUGAGGCACCUGAAACCGCAUAUUUUGUCAGGGCGGAAAGAGAGAGAGAGAGAAAGGAGGAGACUCGACGAGACCUCUCCUUCCCCCCCCUUCUUCUUCGCAAUUGGAAAGGAUACAACAAGGUGGGGGGGAAAACCCGCAAGAGUAUCGCGAGGAGACCUUUCCUCCCCCUUCUUCGCAACAGGAAAGGAUACAAGGGGGGGAAAAACGCCGCAAGAAAGAAGAGACUGAAACACGGAAAGAAGGAGGAGAAAAAAGGACUGAAACACGCAGAGAUUGAGCUUUUCUCUCCUCUGUACAAGUGAGUUGUGGAAAGGAUACAACAAACGACAAGAAGGAAAAAAAUACACCGCAGGAAGAGACUGAAACGGGAAGAAGGAGGCGGAGAAAAAGGAGACUGAAACACACAGAAAUUGGGACUCAACGAGAGCUUUUCUCCUCUCUACACAACUGGAGUGAGUUGUGGAAAGGAUACAGCAAACAAGGAAAUAAAACACCGCAAGAUACAACAAACGACAAGGGGGAAAAACACCACAGGAAGAGACUGAAACGGGGGAAGAAGGAGGAGGAGAAAAAGGAGACUGAAACACACACACAGAGAGCUUUUCUCCUCUCUACACAACUGGUGUGAGUUGUGGAAAGGAUACAACAAAUAACAAGGGUAAAACACCGCAAGAGACUGAAACAGAAGGAGGAGGAGGAGAAAUAGGAGACUGAAACAAGCAGAGAUUGAGACUCAACCAGAGCUUUUCUUCCCUCUACACAACUGGAGUGAGUUGUGGAAAGGAUACAACAAAUAACAAGAAAAACACCGCAAGAAGAGUCUGAAACGGGAAUAAGGAGGUUGCAAAAAAGGAGACUGAAACACGCAAAGACUGAGACCCGACGAGAGCUUUUCUCCUCUUCUUCACAACAGGAGUGAGUUGUGGGAAGGGUACAACAAACAACGACAAACGCAAGAAGAGACUGAGACAGAGGAAGAAGGAGGUGAAGAGAGAGGGAGAGACUCGACGAGAGCUUUUCUCUCCUUCUUCACAACUGGAGUGAGUUUUGGAAAAGGAUAACAAACCAGGACAAAAGCAAGAAGAAGAAGAGGCUGAAACACGGAAAGGGGGAGAAGAAGGGAUCUAAUCAGGGAGAAGAAGAUACUUUUUGGGUCCCCUUCUCGAUUGAGAGGGGGAAAGUGAAGGGGAGGAAGGGGUUUAGUGCAAAGGAAGCACCAAGGAAAGCCCCCCCCCCCAAGAAGAAGAGACUGAAACGAGGAAGAGAAGGGAUAUAAUCAGGCAGAAGAAAAUAUUUUUUGUCCCCAUCUCGACUGAGAGGGAGAAAAGGUGAAAGGGGGAGGAAGGAGUUUUGUGCAAAGGAAGCACCAAGGAAAGUCCUCCCAAGAAGAAUAAGAGACGGAAAGGAGAAGAAGGGAGAGAAACAGAGAUUAGACAAGAUCUUUUCUCCACUGUGUGGGAAAAAAAGUGAAGAGGAGGAAAGUGUGUGGAAAGGAAGCAACAAAAAGAAUUUAAAAAAACCCAAGGAAAAGGGAGUAAAAUACACAGAGGAAGAAGAGUAGAAGAGCCUCUCUUUUUCCCCCUGGCACUCCCAACUGAGAGUUGUUGCUUCUCCCCUUUGCUUUCGUUUUUUUGUUGGGGAGAAAAAAAAUCCACUUUUGGGAUUUAAAACGUUGCUGGAAGAACUCUGCGCAGAUGGAGGAAAUCGGGACGCCUGAAGUCUGAGAAUGUUGGCUUUGAAAGCUCAGGGAAGAAGUAGCAGGGACAAAAACAUAUCCCAGUGUGCCUGAAAAUGACAACAAAGCGGAACUUGUUUGUGAGGUUGGUGCCAUGCCGCUGUUUGCGUGGCGAAGAGGAAACUGUCACUGCACUUGAUUAUUCUCACUGCAGCCUAGAGCAGGUGCCUAAGGAGAUUUUUACUUUUGAAAAAACAUUGGAGGAACUCUAUCUCGAUGCUAAUCAAAUUGAAGAGCUUCCAAAGCAACUUUUUAAUUGUCAGUCUCUGCACAAGUUGAGUUUGCCGGACAAUGAUCUAACAACAUUGCCUGCAUCCAUAGCAAAUCUCAUUAACCUCAGGGAACUGGAUGUCAGCAAGAAUGGCAUACAGGAGUUUCCAGAAAAUAUCAAAAACUGUAAAGUUUUGGCAAUUGUUGAAGCCAGUGUAAACCCCAUUUCAAAGCUACCAGAUGGAUUUUCCCAGUUGUUAAACCUAACACAGCUAUACCUAAAUGAUGCUUUCCUUGAGUUUUUACCCGCCAAUUUUGGCAGAUUAACUAAACUCCAGAUUUUGGAGCUUAGAGAAAACCAGUUAAAAAUGUUGCCAAAAACCAUGAACAGACUGACUCAGCUGGAGAGGCUGGACCUGGGAAGUAAUGAAUUCACAGAAGUGCCUGAAGUACUUGAACAGUUAAGUGGGUUAAAAGAAUUUUGGAUGGAUGGUAACAGAUUAACUCUUAUUCCAGGGUUUAUGGGCAGUUUGAAACAUCUGAUCUACUUGGAUGUUUCCAAAAACAACAUUGAAACCCUUGAAGAAGGCAUUUCAGGAUGUGAAAGUUUACAAGACCUGCUGUUAUCUAGUAAUUCACUUCAGCAGUUGCCAGAGUCUAUUGGUUGUCUAAAGAAACUAGCAAUUCUUAAAAUUGAUGAAAAUCAGCUAAUGUAUUUGCCAGAUUCCAUAGGAGGGUUAACAUCAGUUGAGGAACUGGACUGUAGUUUUAAUGAGAUUGAGGCCUUGCCUUCAUCUAUUGGGCAGCUCUCCAAUAUAAGGACUUUUGCUGCGGAUCAUAACUUCUUAACACAGUUGCCACCAGAGAUUGGAAACUGGAAGUAUGUUACUGUUUUGUUUUUACAUUCAAAUAAGCUGGAGUUCCUCCCAGAGGAAAUGGGUGAUAUGCAGAAAUUGAAAGUCAUCAAUCUAAGUGAUAAUAGAUUGAAGUAUUUGCCAUACAGCUUUACAAAGCUGCAACAGCUGACUGCCAUGUGGCUCUCAGAUAAUCAGUCUAAACCACUCAUUCCCCUUCAAAAAGAAGUUGAAUCAGAAACACAGAAAACAGUACUUACUAAUUAUAUGUUUCCUCAACAACCAAGAUCUGAAGAUGUUAUGUUCAUAUCUGAUAAUGAAAGUUUCAAUCCUUCGCUAUGGGAAGAACAGAGGAAGCAGCGUGCACAAGUGGCUUUUGAAUGUGAUGAAGAUAAAGAUGAAAGGGAAGCUCCACCCAGGGAAGGUAAUUUGAAGAGGUAUCCAACACCAUAUCCUGAUGAGUUAAAGAACAUGGUCAAAACAGUUCAAACAAUAGUACACAGAUUGAAAGAUGAAGAAAAUACAGAAGAUGCUAGCAAAGAAACAAAGCAAGAGAGUCAGCAGGUUACAGUGAAGGAUGUUGGUGUAAAGACUUCAGAGGUUACACCAGUGAAGAACAAAAUGGAAAAUGAGCAUAAUAUGAUGGGAAAUUGUGUGCAGAAGCUUAAUGAAUCAGAUGCUGAUAACGGUUCUGGAAAUGUGCAGACAAGUGCUCAAGUUAAAACAUCAGAGAACACAAAGCCAAUUGCUAAUCAUGAAGAUACUCUUGAGCAUGAAUCAGAAGAUCUGUCCUCUGAUGAAGAAAUGAAAAUUGCAGAAAUGAGACCACCUCUCAUAGAAACAUCCAUUAACCAGCCAAAAGUUGUAGCACUUGGCAGUAGCAAAAAGGAUGACAGUAAAGAUCUGGAUUCCUUGUCCGAUGACCCCACCCACAACAGCAACCAAAAUAACAGCAAUUGUUCCUCUCCUUCACGAAUGUCUGAUUCAGUUUCUUUAAAUACUGACAGUAGCCGUGAAGCAUCACUGAGUUCUCCAGACAAAGAAACUAACUUGGCUGUCUCUUCCAAAACCAGGCAAGAAGAUGAAAAUUAUAAUAGUCUCUUACAAAAUGGAGGUGAAAUAAAUGUUACAGCAGAAGAAAAAUUGGCUGCUCAAAACACUGUAACUAAUUUCAAUGACUUUAGGUUCAGUAUUGAAGAGAAAUUGGCUCUAAUAGAGAGAGGAGUUGAGCUCACUAGUGCUACUGAUGAGUCCCACAAAUUACACCAAAUUAAUAAGAAUAUCUGUAAAUUGACUGAAGAGGAAAGAACACAACCAAAUGUACUGCAAGAAAUAAAAACACAGGAAAUAUCAGUAAAGGGACUUUUAAAUAAUAAUAAAGAAGUAAUGGAGCACUUGGAAAAUGGAAAUAAAUAUUCUAAUCUGUGUCCUCUGAACAAUGUUAAUGGACAUUCUGAUGAAAUUCCUCCCUCUUCAGGAAGAUCAGAGCUGAAGAGAAGUGCUACUAUUGAUACCGAUUCUUCUUCAGAAAUGGGUCUUUCAAAGAGUACUGAAGAUUUGUCUCCACAGAGAAGUGGGCCAGUUGUAAAAUCUCAUAGCAUAACUAAUAUGGAGACAGGUGCUCUGAAAAUCUAUGAUAUUAUCAAUGACAAUGGAUCUCAGCAGCCAACUCCAGUAGUAAAAUCAACAGCCAUGGUUCCAGAAGGAAAAAAUAUAGUCCGAAGCAAGUCAGCUACUCUCCUCUAUGACCAGCCAUUGCAAGUAUUUUCUGGGUGUUCAUCAUCAUCUGAUUUAAUAUCGGCAAAAACAGUUUUCAAAUUUGAUUCAAAUCACAAUCCUGAGGGAACUAAUACGAUAAGAGGACAAGGGACAAAUACUUCACAACCAUUCAGUCCUCCCCAGUAUAAUAUCCAAUACAGUAGCAGUAUAGCAGCCAAAGAAUCCUUGUGGCCCCCAAAGCAAAAUUCCCUAGGUGAACAAAACUGCUUACCUCCUCAACGUUUGCCAAGGUCAGAAACUAUAGACAGCUGCAAUUCUGUGAAACAUUCUGCCAACAUGAAUUUCUCCAAUCAUAAUAAUGUUAGAGCUACUGCUGCAUACACUAUGCAUCAAAGAAUGGGUGGGAGGCAUGCAGAGAUGUGGGCCGUUCCACCGAAUGACAGACUUGUUUCUGGAGCAACUCGAAAUACUCUCCAGCGUCAGAGCAGUGUCUCCUCCACUGCUUCAAUGAACGUAGCUGAUUCUGGACCUCCACGGCGACCUCAGGUUCCCGAAAGAGAUUAUUUAACAUACAGGGAUUUACACUCAAUGGGAAGAGUACCAGCUAUGAUGUCAGGGCCACAGAGACCACUUUCUGCUAGAACCUAUAGUGUGGAUGGGCCAAAUGUACCUCGACCUCAGAGUGCUCGCCCUUCACCAAAUGAAAUACCAGAAAGAACUAUGUCAGUUAGUGACUUCAAUUACUCAAGGACUAGUCCUUCUAAACGAGCAAACCCUCGAGUAAAUUCCGAACAUUCUCUGCUGGACCCUCCAGGAAAAAGUAAAGUUCCUCCUGACUGGCGGGAACAGGUGCUGCGACACAUUGAGGCCAAAAAAAUGGAAAAGAGCAUGCUGUCUAGGUCCUUUAAUUCCAAUUAUGCUCCAGUUAGCAACUUUUACUAUGGCAGCUCUAGGGAUCUGCAUGGCAGCCAAGGCAAUGUUGCCUUGAGUGUUGCAGACGGAAGGAGCUCUGGUGUUCACAUUGUUCGUCAUCCUCAAACAUCAAUCCCAGGAGACCAAUGCCAAGAGGACGUAUUUAUUUCUGGUCAGCAGAACUACACAUCUACCCCAAUUUGCCUCAAAGAUGUUGCUCCAGAUAGCAUUAAAAAGCAUCCUGUGCAGAUACCAUUGACAAAUGGACAAAUGUGCCAGCCCCCAAGACCUCAGGCAAACUACAGUCAAGUCCAUCAUGCUGCACCUCAAGCCUCUGUAGCAAGACAUCCUUCUAGAGAGCAACUGAUUGAUUAUCUGAUGCUUAAAGUUGCUCAUCAGCCUCCCUAUACUCAGGCCCAAGGUCCAGUCAGGCAUGAGCUGUCAAAGCAAGAGAUGCGAGUGAGAAUUGAAAAGGACCCAGAACUUGGAUUUAGUAUAUCUGGAGGAAUUGGUGGUAGAGGAAACCCCUUCAAGCCUGAUGACGAUGGUAUAUUUGUAACCAGAGUACAACCUGAAGGACCAGCAUCCAAGUUGUUGCAGCCAGGAGAUAAAAUUGUUCAGGCUAAUGGGUAUAGCUUCAUCAAUAUUGACCAUGGACAUGCAGUAUCUUUACUAAAGACUUUCCAGAACACGGUGGAACUCAUCAUUGUUCGAGAGCUUUCUUAAAUACUAUGGAGGAAUGGCAUACGUCCACGUGAUCCUCUGAAAGACUUGUGGGAAAACUGAAUAUUUUGACUAUUUUUAUAUACAAAACUUUUAAAAUUAUGUACAGUAAUAAAAUAAUGAACUUGUGGUUAUGGGGGAAAACCACUGUAAAGAACAUAGAUGAAACAGUUUUGAAAAUGCAACUGGCAUUGUAGCAAUCAGUGAUCACUCCUCCAAGAACAAACCUGUGGUGUAUUUUGUACAGAUGGUAGGUUUAUUUUUGGAUAAUUCAUAUACAUUACUAAACUUCAUGUAAAUGGAGCCUCCAUUGUAUCCAGUGGACAGAUGGCAGGGCUUUCUGUCCUGUAGCUGUUUGUUGCCUUUAAUUUUUUUUGUUCGUUCACCUCAUUUUACUGUCUUUUAAAAAAACCACUUCUGUAGAUGUGGAUAGGAGAUUUGAAAUGCUGGCUUUGAUAUGUGCUUAUUUGUAUAGAUGAAUGGGUAGAUGGAAAGUGGGACUGGCUGGAUUAAUUUAAGAGGCCAGGUACAAUGGCUUUGAAAGUAUAGAAUUAAGAAAGGAAGGGUGGAAAAGAGUUUACAUGAGAAUGUAUAUCUACCAAUAGAAAAAAAUGCAAUAAAAUGUGAUGUCUAUUUAUGGAGACUAUAAACACCAUUCUGGGAGUUCCACAGGACUGUCUCAUAUCACAUCCACUGACUGUCUUAUUUCCUACAUGUAAUUCAAUUUUAAGUGUUGUUUUUUUUUUUUUUUAAUCGCCCUGUUUUUUCCUCCAUUUCUGCUGUGGAGUUUUACUCGGAGAAUAUUCUCUGCUAAAAAAAAUCCCCACUUACGUGCAAAUGGGUGAUUUUUUUUUCUGCCUUGUAUUAAAUAUUACAUAUUCAAUUUAGAGGGUUUUUUUUUAAAAAAAAGGAAUGAAACUGAAAUGGCCAGUUUUUUUUAUUGUGUUGUGUGUAUGCAACUCACCACAUGUACGUAUAUCACACAUGUGCAUGUUCCAGACCUCUAAUCAUUUUGCCAGAAAAAGUGUCUUUCUUUCUAAUGGAGCUCAUUGCAGUGAGCCCUGCGAGGAUUGGGCUGCCCAGGGAUGAAUGGUUUAAGGAGGGUUAGGAAAGAAGUCUUGAUUUUAUAUGGCCUUGAAUUGCCUUGUUAUCAUGAAAGGAAACAAUACGUACGGAGCUAAGUAACCAAAGCCAGUUUUUUUGUGGAACUGUUGCACAGUGAUGGGAGAAAUGCCGUUGGGAGGUUGUGGGGCAAAGGGAUGGGUGCUGUUAACCCACCGGUUUGUAAUGAUCUUUCUCAAAGGGCUGUUCCUACAGGUGAUGUUAAAUGUGAACUAGACACUUCAGAGUCAUUAAAGGGUUUCUACGUAUAUCAAUGUAAUAGUGAUUUACCACAGGCUGCCUUUGUUCCUUAUUACUUGUAUAAAAUAUCGGCUUAUACAUAAUUAAUUUUGUUUAUGACAAACAUUAUCUUUAUUUCUUCUUUUUCCUUGUAUGACAGAUAUGAAAUUGCCUAACUUGUUAGAUAAUAAGUAAUACAUGGUUAUUAUGGACCAGAGAAAAGUGCCAUAGAAGACCAAUAACUGUUUUUUAAAAGUCAAAUGAUUAACCAUCAUUGGAGCAAUAUUCAGUAACUACAGUUUUUAAUAAAUAGAAAUUGGCAGAUUUAAAAAGAGAUAUAGCAAAAGCACCAGCCUAUUGUAGUUAUUUGGAAAGACUUGCUGGAAUCAAAAGGAAAUCUGCAUCUAGUCAGUACUUUCUAAGUAUAUAAACUUCAGUGACAUUGCACUUCAAAGAAGUUAUCAUCUGCAUAUUGUAAUGUGUAUAGUUUUUAAUAAUUUUAAUUGAAACCCUUUAACAACUCUUUGUACAUUAAUUUUAGUUGAUUUCAUUAAUAUUUACAUAGGAAUUGAUUUUUAUAUUAGCAAAAAUGUGUUGUAUUUUGGUAAAAUCUACUUAUUUUCUCAGUGUGCUGUUUAAUCUUUAAAGGAAAAACAAGAAACAUAGCUAUAUCAUGGCAGGCUUCAGUGUUACCUUGCUUCUAAAAGUGUCUUCUUUUUAAUUUCUGUACAUUUUAUUGGCAGUUUAAAAAUCAACACUCACCAGUAACCUCAGCAUUUUAAAGGGAAUAUAACAGAUCAGUCUUAAUCUGACUGAGACAUCAAACUAUAAUUAUGAGGAUAUCAAAACUGGAACUGAUUCUUCAUUGAUCAUGGACUUAGUUUGUCUUUUUAUACAAGACAUCAGUUUGUAAUAAGGUGUUGAAAUAAAGGGCAUUUCAUAUGAAUCAACAAGCAUUUGUAACCUAUGCUAUUCAAAUUUAACUAAAUUUGUAUAUAGCAAUGCUGCCAAAAUGAUCAUAGCUUGUUAGGAUUAAUUUAAAGUAAAAGACUUGGUGCUUUUAAUUUGUUGUGAAAAAGAAGAAAAAUAUAUUUCCAAUAUUUUUGAUGGCUGUUGUCUCUUGGGGGAAAUAACACAUUUUUAAAUGUGAUAUUCUGUUUGUAUAGGGAGAUGGUCAGAAUACUCUUUCUUGAGAUAUGCUGUGGAAAGAAGAGGCCAGAAUGCAAGGAGAGAGCUCCCAUGCUAUUAUUAGUAAUGUUUCUUAUCUUGUCAAAUAAGAUAUGACUGCAGACUAUGGAGCAGAACAAAUUAAAUGUUUAUCAGGUCCAUAUUCUUUCACAGCAGGUCAUUAAAGAAUCAGUUCAAAUUAAAAUUCUGGUUAAAAAACCCAAAUAUUUAUUGUGUAAAUAUUUUUUUUUACUUUUUUGACUAGAGUUUCAGAAAUGUGUAUAUACUUGAACACAUCCUUUGAACACAAUCAUAGCAAUAAGCAAAACACAGAAAUCAAGCCUUUAUCAUUAAUUUGCGGUGUACUACUUUUUUAAAAAAGUAAUUAUUUCCUUGUCAUCAGCUAUGUAAUGUUUUUAUUGAUCACCAUUUAGUCAGCAUUCCAAAAUUUUGUAUAUAAAUAAAAUUGUUUCUGAAGUAACACAUGGAGAAUAGAUAAUAAACUAAUGCUCUUUAAA